UUUUUCGACUCAAAACUAUGAGAUCUGUUUAGUGUUUUCAAUCUUCACCUCAUUGUGCGAAAUGAGUGAAGAAGUGUUGACUGAGAACAUCACCAUAAGUGUGUCCAAUGGGACGGCCAAUAACACGCUGGCCUGGGCUAACGAAUGGUUAGGCUAUCUGGCACUCGGCAUGUUCUCAAUGGUUCUGUUUAUACCGACGUUAGGUAUUAUAGGACUUAUGGUUUGGGAGUACUUUUCAGAUGAGGCCGAAAGGAAGGCUGAGCGCCAGAAGGAGAUCGAGCAAGUGAUGCGCGAAAGAUAUUUUGGUAUCAAACGAGACAAGGAUGAAGAUAACGACGACAUGGAUGAGGGAGAAGAUGAAGAGGACGACGAGGAAGAGGAGGAAGAAGAGGACACACCGGCAGAGACGGAGACACUCAUCCAUAAGAGAAGACCCAAAAUGACUAAAGCAGAGGAUUUUGAUUGUCUUUAG